AUGUGCUUUUACAACCAGAAACGCUUCUCAUGUGGAGACUGGAGCUGGACCAGCUUCGCCCACCGAUGCAAUUACGAGUAUCGCACAGGCGAAACAUGCGGCAUGAAACUCGUCAAUUUGACCGAGAAUGAAGCAAGCAACUGUCGACUUUGUGAAAAAAUCGAGACCAAAUACCGGCGGCGUAGCGCCGAGGUCGACCGGCUAGAAAGGUGGAAACGGGAGGGGGCCACUUUGGUUGCCUCGAUGGACCGGUCUAAAACUCUCAUCAAGGAGCUAGACAAGGAAAUCUACAUCUUGCAACGGGAACGGGAAGACAAACGAAAUACCCUUCACAGGUAG